AUGCGAAACGACUAUGCUGACUUAAAGAAAGAAGUAGAGAAACCAGCAGAAGAUAAAAUGGACAUGUUGACAUUUCUGAACAAAAACUAUCCAACUGCUGACGAUUUCCUUCUAUCUGACGUCAAGAAGAAAUAUAAAGAAACCUUCGGCAUAGUUAAAACUUUUGAUAUCCUUCGUGAAGAAAUAGAAGCUACAAAACUGUUUAAAGUCAUGAACCAUCACAACAUAUACCAUGUAAAACGCUUGUGA